AUUUUAGUAAAAUUUUAAUAAAUAUUCAAAUUUAAUUAAAAAAAAAAAUAUUUUUUUGUAAAAAUGUCUUUAUCAAAGCCGUCCGAAAUUGCUUUUAAUCUUGUUGCUUCUUAUAUGAAUAAUUUAUAUAAUAAUCCAAUAAAAACCAAAGCAAUAACUAGCUGUGUAAUAGCCACGUUGGGAAAUUAUAUCGCACAAAAAACUCAAGGUGUCAAAGAAAUUGAUCAUGAUACUGUUGCAUCCUAUGGAAUAUUUGGACUCUUUUUUGGUGGAACAGUGCCUCAUUUUUUUUAUAAAAUUAUUUAUAAAUAUUUUAAAAAUCCACUGGCUAUUUUGAUGAUUGAAAGAUUGUUGUACACUCCAUGCUUCCAAGUUCUUGCUCUCUAUAUGUUAGCUAGGUUUGAGGGUAAAUCUCAUCAACAAGCAUCAACAAAUCUCCAAAGACUCUAUUGGCCGGUCCUCAGUGCUAAUUUAAAAUAUUUAACACUUUUGCAAUUUAUAAACAUUCGUUACGUUCCACCAAUGUUAAAAGUCUUGGUGGUGAACUUCAUCGGCCUUGCAUGGACAGUGUACCUAGCAAACGUCCGAGCUCGCGAUGCUAGAAGACAAAGAAGAAAUUAAAGGGCAAAAAAAAACAAAUUUUGAAUAAUUGCCAUUACAUUUUUUUAAUUACAAUUUACAUUCCUUUUUCAAUGUUACAAACGUAAGUAAAUUAAUAAAUAAAAUUUGUUAAUUUUUAAAAUUUAA